AUGAUUCGCUCAUUUUCCAGCCAAUUCUCCUCUCUGCGGCUGAGAUUCGCCGUUUCUCAAUGGCGAUGUUUCUCAUCUGAUGUGGGGGAAAAAGCGUCUGAUCCGCUACGAGUUCUCUUUUGUGGCUCAGAUGCAUUCAGCUGCGAAUCUUUGCGCGCGUUGCAUCGAGAACAUGAGAGUAACAGACAGCUGAUUGAGUCUUUGGAUGUGAUGGUUCUGCCGCCGAGACGAACGGGAAGGGGUUUCAAAGAGAUUACAGAAGUACCGUCUCCAAUUCACCAUGCCAUGAUGCGCAACGAACAGUACACCGGCGUGUCUCUACAAACGUUGGAUCCCAAAGCUUUUGACCACGGGGUCGUUCUCGCUCAGACGCCAUCUCCAGGCAUAUCUAUCCCAGCUGGUACUACGUUGCAACAGCUUACAGAAUCUCUUGCUAAAUUAGGCGCGGAGAUGCUUGUUCAGGGACUACGGGACGGGGUGCAUGUGCCGCCGUAUACGAAUGCCGGGUGGAUGGCCGACCAGCUGAAAGGAGACGAGCUUGUCCACGCACCGAAAGUGAGCAAAGGGGAAUCUCAAAUCAACUGGCCUGAGUGGAGCUCUACAGAUGUUGUACGUUUCCUUAAUAUCUUCAGCACGGUAUGGACGCACGCGAGAAACGACAAAGGAAAGUUCAAGCGGGUGCUGUUUUUGAACGCCGAGAGCGUGUCUGAGCUUGACGUGACGGGAAGGAGUGAAGACAUCGUAUUUCGGUUCGAGAGAGGGAAUGAAGGACAUGAUGUUCAGAGGAAUGUCAGAGUGGAUGAUGAGCACGAUGCAUUCUAUGUGCAGAUGGCGGACGAGAGCUGGGUGCGUGUGAGGAAUGUGAAGGUUGAUGGGAAGACGACACAGACGGCGAAAGUUGGGAUGAGAGAAUUUAUGAAGAAGCUGAAAUGA